CACUUACAAUAAACCCAAGUCUUGCGUCCACAUUUUUUUCUUUUCUCCCACUCCAGGCAAGGUACCCUGACAUGGCACAAUGGGGUCAUCCCAGCCAACGAAAUAUGGAUUAAGGUCGGCGGAGACAAGGGAGGAAACUCAUUUAAAAUGGAUUUCCAAAUUGUGAAUGUAGCCCAUCCCAACUCCAUAAAAAACACCGUUGUGUUUUCCUGUUUUGAAGCCACCGACUCGAUGGCCAACAUACGGAGAGCACUUCCCCCAAUAUUUGAGCAGCUUUCAGUGCUGUCCACACUGAAGUGGCGUGGAAGGUCCCUACGUGUGUUCCUCUUUGGGGAUUACGAACUACUGAACAAGGUGUAUGGAAUCUGUGGGUGUAAUGCUCGUUACUGCUGCGUUUACUGUUUGGCAAGCAAGAAGACAAUGCAAUUGCCAAUCGCAGAGCGAGGCCCAUGCUUGCCUCGUAACCUCCAAAACAUCAGAGAGCAUCACCAGCUAUUCCUGGAGGAUGGAGCACGACCAUCACGGGCCAAAGAUGUUUCAUACAGCAUUGUGAAUCCCUCCUUAAUACCCAUUGAGACUGACCAUGUCAUAAUCCCUACCUUGCAUAUUUCUCUGGGCGUGUACAAAAAGCUGUUCGAUCUGCUUGAGAGGGCCUGCCAUGAUCUCGAUGUCAAGUUGUUCCAGCUACGGGUCACAUCUCAAGAUCAUGAAGAAGGAACCAACUUUGAUGACCAGAUAGCUGCAGAAAUACAAAGGCAGAACAAGAUUCAGCAAGAUCUUACUGAAAAGCGGUCCGCUCUGGAACAAGCCGAGGAAGAACUCCCCCUCUAUGCCCUGAGGAACAACUGUGACAAGAUGGAUGAAGCUUUCCGUGAUACAGCUACAUCUGUUUUUAAACUGCGAGCAGACAUCAGAGACUUGGAACAAGACGCUCUGUCAGCGAAGCUUACCUACGCAACUGGUCCCAUUGCUAGUGCCCUUGACAGAGUCCUCCAUGACCACAAAGUUCAGCGACAAGCGUACCAUGGGAAAGCUUUCGUGGGUAACCAUGUCAACAAAUGCUGUGAGCCAAAGCUAAUUGACGCCCUCACUAAAGUCCCCCGGAAGAGCUUGAAAGACAGCUGA